UCGAUAUUAUGGGUGCCAACCAAUGCCGAUUACUAGAGGAGCAACCCUAGCUGCCGGGCCACGUACAAUUUGCUACAAAAAAUAACAAGAAGCUAAAAAACAAUUAUGGACGUGAUGCAGCGCUACGUUUCGCCCGUUAACCCGGCCGUUUUCCCCCACCUCGCCACUGUGCUCCUGGUCAUCGGUACCUUCUUCACCGCCUGGUUCUUCAUCUUUGUGGUGUCCCGCAAAAGUUCCAAAGAGAGCACUUUGAUCAAGGAACUCCUGAUCAGUCUAUGCGCAUCAAUAUUUCUCGGAUUUGGCAUCGUGUUCCUGCUUUUAACCGUCGGUAUUUACGUAUGAGAUAUAAUAGGCAAAGACCAUUCCGUAUAGAAAUAAACUACAGAUGUGAUCGUGGGCGUGAACGUAAA